AUGGACGAACGCUUCUGCUGCGGCAGCGCUGCUGCUGUGCGCAGUGACGGGUGCCAGUGCGCACACAGCAGCAGAAACAGACGGUACGGACCGUGUGCUAACGAAAGAGACGGGUCAGAUUCCAUCAAGAGAGCCGCCAAAGUCGUUGCUGCCAACCUCUGGGAGUACUACCGCGGUGACGAGCCAGGCCAGACACCGGGCAUUCUGCCAGGCCCGCCACCGGCCGGCGACUAUUACUGGUGGCAGGCCGGCGCAAUGUUCGGCACCUUGAUCGACUACUGGCACUACACAGGCGAUAGCACAUACAACAACGAGACCGUCCGAUCCAUCGUCCACCAAGCUGGCGCUCCUACCUUUGCCUUUAUGCACCCCAACUGGACCGCCUCUCUCGGCAACGAUGAUCAAGGUUUCUGGGGCAUGACGGCUAUGCUGGCCGCCGAGGUCAACUUCCCCAACCCGGCGCCCACUGACCCGCAGUAUCUCGCGCUCGCCCAAGCCACCUUCAACACCCAAGCCGCCAGGUGGGAGAACCAGGACUGCGCCGGUGGUCUCCGCUGGCAGGUUCCCCAUACCAACAACGGCUACGAUUACAAGAAUACUAUUGCCAACGUUGUCUUCCUCAACAUCGCCGCUCGUCUCGCGCGGUACACAAACAAUGAAACAUAUGCCGAGUGGGCCGAGCGGACAUGGGAUUGGACCGAGGGCGUUGGGUACAUCACGGAGGAUUACGAUGUGUACGAUGGUGCCAACACUCCGCAAAACUGCACCAACCUCAACAAGGUGCAAUGGUCGCCCAAUGCUGCUGUCUUGCUCCACGGCGCCGCCAUCAUGUACAACUAUGCCCAGUGGAAGACCCGCGUCGCCGGUCUCCUCAACCGAACCGUCGACCACUUCUUCCCCGAAGGCAUCAUGGUCGAACGCCCCUGCGAGCUCAAGGACCGAGUCCAGUGCAAUGUCGAUCAGCACUCUUUCAAGGGGUACAUGCACCGCGCUCUGGCCUCGACCGCCAUCGUGGCCCCUUUCACCCGGGAUUCGAUCCUCGAGGUCCUCAGGUCAUCAACAAAGGGCGCGGUGGAAUCAUGUCUGGCGGACGGAACCUGCGGCUUUCGCUGGGAUAGGGGGGAGUACGAUGGCGAUGUGUCCAAUGGACCGGCGGGUCAACAGAUGAGCGCUUUGGCGGCGCUGUCUACGCUGCUGUUGGAUAAUAGUGAUGGUCCGUUGACGAACUCGACGGGUGGUACGUCGGUGGGUGACCCGAAUGCUGGGUCUAGCGCUUUUGAGCUGGAUCCCAUGAGGCAGAUCACGGCGGGGGAUAAGGCGGGGGCGGCGAUAGUGACGAUUGUGGUGGUGGGAUCGUUUGUGGGGAGUUUGGUGUGGAUGAGUGGGGGGUUGUUUGAGGUUUCUUGA